AUGUUUCCACAGCUGGGUGGUCCGCAGGUCAGACCUGCUCGGCCUCUCAGUCCGUCUCUACCUGCAGGUCUGAACCCACCAGACCACAACCAGAACCAGACCCGCACUCAAACACACACAGCUACACUUCCGUCCGUCCACAUCACAGGGAAGGACGAGGCUCGGGGUCAGCUGGACAGCGCUCUGCAGGACGUAAAUGUGCGUUACGCCGUCCUGGAGGAGACGGAGAAACGUGCCGUGUGCCGAGCUCUGAUAGAAGAACGAGCUCGAUACUGCGGCUUCGUCAGCAUGCUGAAGCCCGUGCUGGACCAUGAGAUCAACAUGCUGGGCGAGGUGACACACCUGCAGACGAUUCUGGAAGAUCUGACCAACCUGACAGCCGAGCCCAACAAACUCCCAGCAGCCAGCGAGCAGGUGAUUUUGGACCUGAAAGGUUCUGACUUCAACUACACCUAUCAGACACCUCCAGCGUCUCCUAGUAACACUAUGUCCAGGAAGAGCAGCAUCAGCAGUAACUACCAGUCAGUGAGACACGUUCCCUCUUUGGACUCCAUCAGCUGUGCUGUCGACGGAGUUCACAUCCAGCGCUGCUCCUCCCCCUAUCUGCUGAUUGGCUGCGACGAAACCGGGCGGUCCCUCAGCGAGGGGAACUCCCCCUCUCGCCUCGGCCGUCAGGCAGCCGUGGUCGCUAUGGUUACGCCGCUGGCCACGGGCCCCGGCCUGCGUUGA